AUGAUAUCGGAGGUCGUCGUGGCAUCUACAUCAGCGAGCAGCGUGCAUGGGAGCGGGGGAGUUGUGGUGUAUGACAGCGUCACGGGCAGUCCGCUGCACACGCUAAAAGGCUCGAAUGGAGUGCCAGGCGGUUGUUCAGCGACGCCGAGCAGCGGUGAGGAGGGCGGCGUAGUGGCUGUGGCGCAGUCUGACAAGGGCGUAGUCCACGUCUACUCGUGGCAGAAGGAGCAACUCCACUGCAAGAUUAUCCUCCCGCAGAAGCUGACGGCGUGGUGCGUGUCUCCCUGCAGCGCCUUCUGCGCCGGCGGCACCGAGGACGGAAGGGUGUUCCUGUGGGAGACACGCUCCGGCCUCCUGUUGGCCAGUUUCGACGCGCACUACAGGCGGAUCAACAAGCUCAGCUUCGACGCGGGCGCGCGUGUCCUCGUGAGUAUCUCCGACGACGCUGCCCUCAAUAUCUGGCUCGUGGCGAGGCUGGUCGACGAGGAUGCACAGGGCCAACUCCCCGUGCCCUACGCUACCUUCACCGACCACACCCUCCCUAUUGCCGAUGUCUACGUUGGACUCGGCGCCUUUCCCCAUGCCAGAAUAUACACCGCCGCGCUCGACAAGACGGUGAAAAUUUGGUCGGUCGAUCCUCCAUCGCUCCUCUCCACUGUGGAAUUCCCUGCUGCGCUCUCUGCACUUGCAGUGGAUAGCCUCGAGCGCACGCUGUUUGCUGCAUCCAAGCACGAGCUCUACAGGGCAGAUCUGCACGCCACGCAGCCGUCAUUGACAUCGCUCUCACACUCACUCAAGGGAAACACCACCGCGGCGAUCAAGUUGGGCAGAGACACAUCCGUCAAUACUGCCGCCUUCAGCGUCUCCGCAAACACCCUUCUCGUCGGCUGCGCAGAUGGUUUCGUCGACUGCUACGACGUGCGUUCGCAGCAGCACCUCAAAAGCCUCGGAAAUGGGAAGACCAGCGUCGUGGAUGUGCAUUCCUUGGUGAAACCCGUGGACCUCGGCGGUGUGUCGUCUGCUAGUGCCAUCUCGGCCAACGUUACAGGCUCCACCGCAGCAGCCGCGUCUGCAUUGCCACCGAUUAUGCCGCUCAACACGCUCAAGAAGACAAUGGGCGAGCGCGACCGCGAGGAUCAUACCGUGCAGAUGCGUGGCGGGGCUAAGGAUUGCACUGAGGCCUUCUUCGAUUGUCUCUGGGAUGAAAAUGAGCCGGUGGAUCACGUCGUGGUGACGGAGAAGCAGCCGGAGAAGAACAACAGCAACACUACACACAUGCACAAGCUGCAGGAGGAACUGACAGAAUCCAAGGCAGCCCUCGAAAAGGCCAACAAGAUCAACGAGGAUAUGUUCGCUGCCGUAAGCCAACUCAAGAAGAAUCAAAGCGUGGAAGCUGCUGCAAAGAGGCAGAAGAAGUAA